UACUGGGAGAAUGCUCGUGCCACUCGUCCACGACUCGCACAAAUGGCACUUGAUUUUUUGUCUGCUCCAGGUAUUUUCCUCGCUUGUUGAUUGAUGAAAUCUGACGGAGACCAAUUAGCUUCCUCGGUUGACGCUGAGCGGGCUUUUUCAGGUGGCCGUCUUCAGGUCAACCACCUCCAGCAUGGUGUUAGUUCGCAAACCUUCAAAGCUCAGAUGGCUGUGGGAUCAUGGUACAACACACCUCUCAUGAACGAUCUCGGUGCUGUCACAUCAAUCAUGCGAACGAAGAUG